AUGAUGAAGGCCUGGUGCGACCACCACCAAGUUCCGGCAGAGGAAGCUGCGUUCUUGUUGGGGGAGCGGCUGGUGAAGCCCGAGGACACGCUGGCGACACUGGGCAGUGGCACCGAUUCGGUGGUGUUCCGCGCCGUUCCAUGCGACCAGGCGGAGAGUGCGAAGGAGGCCACGCCCAAGAAGCGAGGACGGCCGAGGGAAGCGAAGGCCAAGCCGAAGUCGCCGAAGCCGAAAGAGAAGCCCGAGAAGCCCAAGGGCAAGGGCAAAGGCAAGAGCAAAGGGAAGCGAAAGGGCACCGACGAGGUGGCUAGACAAGAGGAGGAACCCAAGAAGGAGGCGGAGAAGACGGAGGAGCCUUCGGACCAGCAAAAGGUGUCGGUGAAGGUGGAGGCCGAGGGUGCCGACGGUCUAAACGAGCUUCGCUUCAACAUGCGUCUGUCGACGCCACUUGCGAAGAUGAUGCAGGCUUGGUGCGAGCAUCACCAAGUUCCGAUGGAAGAUGCGGCUUUCCUGCUGGGAAAAGUGGCCUUGAAACCAGAGGACACCCUGCAUGGCCUCGGCUGCAGUGACGGCAAGGAGGUGGUCGUGAGAGCGGUGCCUCGGGAAGAGGAGGAGGCCAACAGAGAGGCAGAGAAGACCGAGGCCCAGGUACCUCGCGAGGAGGAACCCAAGAAGGAGGCGGAGAAGACGGAGGAGCCUUCGGACCAGCAAAAGGUGUCGGUGAAGGUGGAGGCCGAGGGUGCCGACGGUCUAAACGAGCUUCGCUUCAACAUGCGUCUGUCGACGCCACUUGCGAAGAUGAUGCAGGCUUGGUGCGAGCAUCACCAAGUUCCGAUGGAAGAUGCGGCUUUCCUGCUGGGAAAAGUGGCCUUGAAACCAGAGGACACCCUGCAUGGCCUCGGCUGCAGUGACGGCAAGGAGGUGGUCGUGAGAGCGGUGCCGCGCGCAGAUCAGGAGGCAGCUGCGGCCUCUCUGGCUGCCGUUCCGUCUGCGGCGCCGACGGUUGCGGCAGCGGCUGCUACCGCUGCCGUUCCUUCUGUGGCGCCGGCUGCUGCUGUGGCAGAACUCGAGGAAUCGUCGGCAAAGGUGUCUGUGAAGGUGUUGGCCGAGGGCGCCGACGGUGUCAACGAGCUGUGCUUCAGUGUGCGCACCACGACACCGCUGGGUAAGAUGAUGAAGGCCUGGUGUGACCACCACCAAGUUCCGGCAGAGGAAGCUGCGUUCUUGUUGGGGGAGCGGCUGGUGAAGCCCGAGGACACGCUGGCGACACUGGGCAGUGGCACCGAUUCGGUGGUGUUCCGCGCCGUUCCACGCGACCAGGUGGAGAGUGCGAAGGAGGCCACGCCCAAGAAGCGAGGAGGGCCGAAGGAAGCGAAGGCGAAGCCAAAAUCGCCGAAGCUGAAGGAGAAGCCCGAGAAGGCCGAGAAGGUCGCGAAGGCCGAGAAGCCCAAAGCCAAGGCUAAGAGCAAAGGGAAGCGCAAGUGGACCGAGGAGGAUUCCGAUUCCGAUGGAGCCAGAGAGCAAAUCUCAUCCGGCGAGGCCGUGUCCGGCGCGCGCCGGAGCCAGCGGCUGCGUGACCCGGAGUCCCCUUCCACACAGGUCACGUCCUCGACGCUGGUCCAUCACCCUCCUCAGGAGCAAAGAACUCGGAAGGGCCUGCUAGCGCCGGAGCUCACGAAUCGCAUGAGUUUCCGCGAGUACUUGGCCUACGAUCGUGAGCAGGAGCGGCAACGCAACCAGGCUCGCUUGGACCGGCAGAAGCGAAAGCUGGUAAAUGGUGAGAGUUCAGACGAGGACCUGCAGCUGGCACUGGCUCUUUCCAUGUCCGAGAGCCAGGAGAGGACCCCGCAGGAUGGGCGAGAUGACGGGAGCUGA